UUUAAUUUCUAUGAAAAAAAAAAUUGUGGAGGGCUCCCUGUUGGUCAGGGGCCUAUGGAAUUGUCCUAAUUUCUCUCCCUUAUAUGGUGCCCCCGACCGUGGCAACAGGCUAUUGUUUAUACAACUGGGAGUAGUUGAUUAGCAUCUGAAAAGCUCAAAUUAUACCUGAACAACAACCUCAAAUCCCAGAGAGAUUUAAAAGGAGGCUUCAUGGAUGCAGAGCAGGAACCAAAGAGCAGAGAGUGAAGGAGGCUCCAAACUCCAAUGUCUGCUUGGCUUUCUAACCAUAUGGCAAGACAGAGGAUUAAAGAAGAGAAGCAAAAGCAAACAAGACAGAUUAGCAGAGCUUGCUAACAGCUGGUGGCGUCAUCCAAGACAGUCUGAGGAGGAAUCUCGUGUCUGCUGCCACUUGAGCUUUUAGGAUGUCCUCAAAGUUUUGAGACUAUCAUACAGAAACAGUCUUCAGUCAGAGGCUUUUCUGAUUUGUUACAAGACUGACUGCUAUUGGAGAUUCUUCCUGCCCACAGCAUCACCUUCUACUAAAGAUCCCUGGAUGAUAAGAGUUACCACAUUAAAUUUUCCUUUGGGAUAAACUGAACCGAGUAAACUGAACUUUAUCAAAACAGGUGAAUAUAUCACAUUAGCUCCAACAUUGGCUUCAUCCAACUUCACUGUCUGAGAACCGGGCCGGCCGGUUUCAGAGAAGCCCUGGUAAACAGAGAACAUGGUGGCCUUUUGAUGUCACAAACUCGUUGAUGUAAAGCUGUAAACGACAGAAAAGACACUGGUUCUUAUUAGUUCCAGCCUGAGAAAAACCAUGCACAGAUGUUUCAUAUUUUCAUCUGUCAUGUACAAUUUCCUUUUCUGGUGAUGAUCAGCAAAACACAGUAGACUAUGGGCUGAGUUGAACCAAUACGACAAAAGCCUACAGAGCUGACUCACUGUCUGCAUGUCAGAGGAAAAGGAGAGAAGAGAUAUAUAGAAGCGGAACGGCAUUUCUAAUUGAAAGGAGAAACAGAUGACUGGAGGGUUCAAAGCUAACCAUUAAAUCAACAGGGAUUUAUUUCAAAAAGGACAAGCAGUCAUGGUAGAGACUGAUUUACAUUCAAUUAGGAUAUGAACAUGACUCGCAUUCAUUUUCGACAACCUAGCCCUAAUCAUAACAUAAUACUCCUAACCCUUAAGUUGAGCCUCAGCUCUGAGGAGAAUCAGAAUCGGGGGACAUGGCCCCCCCGCUACCCCCUCUCACUGCGUCACAUUGAAUUGCGGCGUCCUGCCAUUAUAGGGCCUCUUUUGUGACUCAGCCAUUUCAUAUGCAGAUCCUGCGGAUGGGAUUUCUUUUGAUUCACCUCUCCACGUCAAGACCCCCCACACACACACACGCAUACGUGCGCACACACACAAGGGCUGUUCAGGUGUAAUUGCCUUUCAGGCGUAAUUGCUGCAGGCUUUUCUUGUAUGUGGAAGCACCUGUGUGGGGAUCAAAGCAUUUGAUGUUUGUUGUCAGCUUUGUUUCAAAUGGGUGUCCUCACAGCACACACAUCGUCACAUAAUUACCUCUCUAGAAAUUUCUGUGGCUGCAGUAAUAGACUUCCUUAAAGCAACAGUAUUAUAUAUCUUCUAGGCACAUAGUGCCAUUUUACAGCAUAAUUAAGUUACUAUGUUACCUUCAGUUGUUAUAAAAAUUCUAUGUAUACCAACUAUGACCAAAAAGAAAUUUGACUUGGUAAUUCAACACCUUGAAAUUGGGCCUCCGUCACUUUAAAAAGUCCUGCUCUUUCUGACACUCCACCUCCAGAAGGUCAUCACAACAUGGCUCCUCUAUUAACCAUUUAACAACAUUUUUACCAGCGUUGCUCUGAGAAGUAGCUCUUACAAUCAGCUCGGCUGAUGCUCAGUUCCAACAGGUGUUUGCUAAUUUCUACUGGCUAGUUUGGGGGAGUUGGGAAGUUGCAGAGGGCUGUCAAUCAAAACUCUGCCCCUGGCUCUGAUUGGCUGUUUGGUUGGAGCGGUGCAUUUCUUCAGAUCAUGUGUCUCAAGAAACUUUCUUCAUUAAAAGUUACACACUGCAGCUUUAAUUGUCAUGUUUUUUUAUGUUGGAUUUGUUGUUGCCUCUCGGCCAGGAGUACCUCGAAAAAGAAAGCUUUAAUCUUAAUGGGUUUUGAUCCUGGUAAAACAGUCAGUUAAAAAUUAUUUUUUAAAAACACGUGGUGUAAAAAAAACAAACUUUGAGCUACCUCGUUGCUGAAAUGUGCCAUUCAAAUAAACUGACUUGUAUUCGAUCAGCAGCAGAAUAACACUUCAGAUCAAACGACAUCAGUUGACCAUGUCAGUCCAUAGAACAAUAAAAUCUGUAAAGAUAAAUUAUAUAAACAGCCAAGCCGGGCGUCUGCCUGUCUCCAUCAGAUUUAAGUGAACACAUGGAACCACUGGAUAUUUAACGUCAGGCAGUUCCAGAUGUCUAAUAAAACUGGAAAUGAGCUUAAAAAGUAAAUAUUUGAGUUUGGAGAUUUUUUUUUUUUCCUGCCGUUUAUAAAGCUUUAAAUGACACUGUCUGAAGCAGAAUAAAAUAACCUAUAAUACAACAUGUUAAAGUUUUUCACCUUUACUAACUGUAAGGACUGAAUGAAGAAAAUCCAGACCUUAUACAACUGAAUCAAUGUGACAUUUAUGAAACGUUACACGUCUAAAACGUGAUGCGUGGAUAAUUAUGAUUAAAGGGGAGGGGUUGCAGAACAAGGGGGGGUUUGAGGACAUAAAUACAGCCUGGAGCAGAAGACUGGUUCAUCAGUCAUCGCUGCGUUUUAUUUAAAACAUCACUGAGAACCUGAGCGGAAUCAUUUCCUCCCUGACCAAAACAUGGAGAGCUGGAAGAUCCAGCUCGUCGUCGUGACUUUUUGCAUGCUGGUGCAAACUUCCAAAGGAUCGACAAGUGAUGCCGAAGAUGAGAGAAGGCUGCCCAGACACUGGCAGUAUGAGCCUGAGGACAGCAGCCCUGUGGACAGCCUGAUGAAAAGAUCCAAAGCCCUUCGAUUCUACGGCCUGAUGGGAAAAAGAGCAGUGACGAAGAAAUCGUUUCAAGUGAAGAGGCGAAACAAGGGGGUUGCAUUCAUGGAUCUGAUGGGGCGAAGUGUUUCCAGUGAAGAGUCUGUGAGCGGAGUGAAUCCUUCUGCAGCAACCAGAGAGACCCAGCAUCCAGAGGAACCGGCCCAGCAGGGUAUGACCGGAGCAGUACAAAAAACCUGA